GCUGACUCCGCCGGAUUGGUCGUCUCCUUGGCCCCGGCCUGGGCCCGCCGCCAGGUGGCUCGGACGCCACCAACGACCCGAACCACCUGUCCGUGUCGUCGGUCAUCUACAUCGGCCUGGAGCUGCUGCUGCCGCUCAUCAGCGAGGCCAUGCUCCAGUAUCCCAACCUGUCGGAGCAGUUCUUCACCCUGGUUUCCUUCAUGUUCGAGACGUACACCGACAAGCUGGUGUGCCUGUCGCCGGAGCUCUUCCGUGCGCUGAUCGGCACCCUGGACUUCGGCCUGAAGUCCUUCGUUGAUGAAAAUGUCCGCCUCGCUCUGGCAGCCAUCUACGGCAUGGCCAGCUUCCUGUUCAAUGCGCGGGAGGUGGCCCAGGCCAGUCCGGAGCACGGCCCAGAGGUCCAGGCCCAGCUGGCCCUGCUCGGGCCCAUCGUGGACACUCUGCUGCUGGAGCAGCUCAAUCGCCUGGUCUUCGGCAACCACGUCGGCUCGACUUCCCUGAUGGAGAACGCCUCGGAGACGCUCUUUGUGUCGAUCUGCUCGCAGCAGGCCUCCCUCAACCAGGUGUUCAGCCAGUUCGUGUCCCGGUACAACGACAACCCCAAGAUUCGGGACCGGCUGUCGGAGGAGCUCGUGCAGCUGGUCCGCGGCUCUGGCCCCCAGCCGCUGACCCUCAUCCCCAACCGACUGAACACCACGGCCUUCCGCGCCAACCUCGAGGCCUUCCUCAUCCACACGCGCGGCUUCCUGCGCGUGAUGUAAGCACAGCUGCUGGGCCUGUCGGCUCGGAUAGGGGGCUCAACUGCCGCCCGCUGCCGCCCCUCCCCCGCUGUCUCUCUCCCUCCCUCGGGCCACUGUUGCCCACUUUCGUCUCACGAAUAUAGAUCUUCCUCU